CAGGAGAAAGACGGCUGUCGCGGGGCAGCAAAACACUCGUAAAUUACCGGAUCCUGGCGUUUGUUCUUAAAUUUGAAAGUCCGGAUGGUGUAGAAGUAGAAGAUACAUCAACAUGGUACACGUUUGGGAGCGUCUCUCGACGAUGCUGAAACUACGGGUGUCACUUUUCGCCUUUCUUCUCGCUCUUGUUGUCUUCCCCGGUGACGCCAGACUACACCGGACCCGACGCCUCAGCCCCGCCGCGGAGGAAACGGUGGAAACUUAUAACAUUUACUACAAUUAUGUUGACCUGACCGGACGCUUGCAGUCUUUAGCCCAGAAAUACCCUCACAUAGCCAACCUGUCGAGCAUAGGUCAGUCUGUGGAGGGCAGGGAGCUCUGGGUGAUGCGGAUUACCAAGGACCCCAACAUAGACUCACCGGGGAAACCUAAAUUUAAAUACGUUGGCAACAUGCACGGCGACGAAACUGUGUCCAGGCAGGUGUUGGUCUACCUUGUGGAGUACCUGCUGACUAAAUAUGGGGAGGAACCGCGCAUAACUAAGCUGGUAAACACCACGGACAUUUACAUUAUGCCCAGCAUGAACCCCGACGGCUUUGAGAUGUCCAAAGAGGGGGACUGCAGUGGCAACAACGGGGGUCGAAAUAAUGCCAAAAAUAAGGACCUCAACAGAAGCUUUCCUGACCAGUAUGACGGGACUACUGUCUCUCAGGAUGAUAUACCCGAGGUCAUGGCUGUGAUCAGAUGGAUCCAGGAGAAAAAAUUUGUGCUGUCAGGGAAUCUGCAUGGUGGCACUGUGGUUGCCAGUUUCCCUUUUGAUGACUCGGCCUUCCACCAGCGACAGGGCCACUACAGUAAGUCAGAGGACGACAGUCUGUUUCGCUACCUGGCCCGGGUGUAUUCCCAGAACCACCCUGUGAUGACGACUGGUUUGCCCAACUGUCCUGAUGCCCUGGACGAAACUUUCGAAGAUGGCAUCACUAAUGGGGCACAGUGGUAUGAUGUGCCUGGGGGUAUGCAGGACUACAACUACCUCUAUGGAAACUGUAUGGAGAUCACCAUGGAGCUGAGCUGCUGCAAAUAUCCUCCUGCUACUGAGCUCCAUAAGGAAUGGGAUCUGAACAGGGAAUCCCUGCUAGCCUACAUCGAAAAGGUACAUAUAGGUGUUCGUGGAUAUGCGAAAGAGGCUGUCAAUGGCUCUGCCCUCACCAAUGUCAGCAUUGUGGUGGAUAACAUUCACCACAAUCUGACCACUGGAAAGUAUGGGGACUACUACCGCCUUCUGCUCCCAGGAACAUACAACAUCACAGCUGCGGCCCCAGGGUACAGGUCAGUAACAGUCCACAACGUCCAGGUCAAGGAGGACGAAGCCACAGAACUUAACUUUACCCUGGCCCGUGUAGUCAGUGAGGUUCCAGGUAGCGGCACUGAGCUUACGUCCCCCACGCCAUCCACUGGUGAUCCGAACAUCUCCACCACCACUUCCAACUCUUCUGACUCCACCCAGACGCAACUGGCUCCCUCUGAGGGAAACAAGAACAGCCCUCCUUUGCCUCAGCCUGAACAUCAGCCCAUCCAGCCCCAGGAAUUUCGUCACCACAACUACGCAGACAUGGAGCUCUUCUUACGCAAGUACAGCAGCGACUUCCCCUCCAUAGCCCAUCUUUACACUAUUGGCCACUCUGUGGAACACCAUGAGCUCUAUGUGAUGGUCAUCUCAGACAACCCAGCUGCUCAUGAGCAUGGUGAGCCAGAGUUCAAAUAUGUGGCCAAUAUGCAUGGUAAUGAGGUGGUGGGCCGAGAGUUGUUGCUCAACCUCAUCGAGUACCUGUGCCGUAACUAUGGUACUGACCCGGAGGUCACCCAGUUGGUCAACAACACCCGCAUUCACAUCAUGCCUUCUAUGAACCCUGAUGGCUAUGAGGCAGCCACUGAAGGUGAUGUGAAAGGCUACAAAGGGCGCAACAACAGCAACAAUUUUGACCUGAACCGUAACUUCCCGGACCAGUUUACCACCAUCACAGAUCCCAGACAGCCAGAGACCAUAGCUGUGAUGAACUGGCUGAAGAGCAUCCCCUUCGUCCUGUCAGCCAACCUCCAUGGAGGAUCCUUGGUUGUCAACUACCCCUUUGAUGAUGACAAAGAUGGGACAAUUCAGUACAGCCAGUCGCCUGAUGACAAGGUCUUUCAGCAGGUGGCCAGAGCGUACUCACAGGAGAAUCCUCAGAUGCACAAUGGACACCCUUGUGAGAACCUGUACCCUGAUGAAUAUUUUGAGGAUGGCAUCACCAAUGGUGCCAACUGGUACAAUGUUCCUGGUGGCAUGCAGGACUGGAACUAUUUAAAUACCAACUGUUUUGAGGUGACCAUUGAGUUGGGUUGUGUAAAGUACCCUUUGGCCAAGGAGCUGCCUAAAUACUGGGAACAAAACCGAAGAGCCUUGCUUCAAUUUAUACACCAGGUCCACACUGGAAUAAAGGGCACAGUGUCUGACAGUAGUGAUGGCACAGGAAUUCCCAAUGCCACCAUUACUGUGGCAGAGAUAGACCACAACAUCACCACAGCCCACACUGGAGACUACUGGAGACUGCUGGUCCCUAACACUUACUCCAUCACAGCCUCCGCCGAUGGAUAUAUGCCGGUGAGAACCUAUGCCACAGUCUCAAAGGAUAGAGUGGAGACGGUGGACUUCAGACUGACACGAAUACACUCGGACUCUAAAGGCCAGUCUCAAAAUGGCCCCCAACCCACACAGAACCCGUCUGAGAAGGAGUUUCAGAGCUUAAUCAAGGACCUCUCCCUAGGCCAGGGUUUGGAGCAGUUGGUCAAGAGCACAGCCACAGAGAACAGCUUCCGCUACCAACGCUACAAAGAAUUGGCCGCAUUCAUGAGGGGCCUCACUCUUAACUUUCCCAAAAUUACAUCUUUACGCAGUUUGGGUCAAAGUGUAGAGUUUCGAACCAUUUGGGCUCUGGAAAUCUCCAACAAACCAGGGGAAGCUGAACCCUCUGAGCCCAAGAUCCGCUUUGUUGCAGGGAUCCAUGGCAAUGCCCCAGUGGGCACAGAGCUGCUGCUGGAGUUUGCUGCCUUCCUGUGUGUCAACUAUGGCAAGAACCCAGCCAUCACCAGGUUGAUCAACGAGACCCGGAUUGUCAUCGUGCCCUCUAUCAACCCAGAUGGAAGAGCACAGGCUGUUGAGAAGCAGUGCACUUCCACCCAGGGCUUGACCAAUGCUCGUGGCAAGGAUCUGGACACAGAUUUCUUUGGCAAUUCAUCACAGCGUGUGGUGGAGGCCCAACCGGAGACCAGAGCGAUGAUGGACUUGAUUCUAGAGAAGGGCUACACUCUCUCUGUAGCCCUCGAUGGAGGCGCCCUUGUUGCCACCUACCCUUAUGACAAGCCUGUCCAGUCUGUUGAAAAUGAGGGCACAUUGAAGUACUUGGCGAGUGUCUAUGCCCACAACCACCCCAAGAUGCACCUUGGGGAGAGUGGAUGUUCAAGUAAUGGGCAGAUGGGCAACAUACCUGAUGGAGUUAUGAGGGCAGCAGAGAGACAAAGUCACAUGGGGAGCAUGAAGGAUUUCAGUAUGGACUUUGGCCACUGUCCAGAAAUCACAGUGUAUACUGGCUGCUGUUUGUUCCCUCCUGCUGAGCAGCUGGCCACACUCUGGGCUGAGAACAAGAAGGCUCUCCUAAGCAUGUUGGUGGAGGUCCAUAAAGGGGUGCGUGGUGUGGUGAGGGACAAGAGUGGAAAGCCUAUUGUUGGAGCGAUCAUUGUACUGAAUGGGGGUGUAAGGGUCUUUACUACAGAGGGUGGCUACUUCCAUGCACUCCUGGCUCCUGGCAACCACAACAUUGAAGCUGUUGCUGACGGCUACCAACAACAACGUCAAAAGGUGGUGGUAUAUUCCUAUGAAGCUGCUAACUAUAUCACCAUUGAGUUUGACAUGGACAACAGCAUCUUUGGUCUGCCCAGAGAGUUUGUGGUGGCCAGUGCAGCGGCCUCCAUGACAGCAUUGGUAGUGACAGCGUGCAUCAUCUGGUGCGUGUGCGCAGCCAAAUCUAAUCGUCAAAAGGAUGGCUUCCACCGUUUGCGACAGCACCGGGAUGAAUAUGACGACGAGAUCCGGCUCACUUCUAUGGGCUCCAAGAAGUCCCUGCUUGCUCACGAGUUUCAGGAUGAGAGCGAAAGUGACGAGGAGACAUUGUAUGCCAACAAAAUUUGAGGACAGUUGCACCAAUUUGGCUUUUUUUUUUUUUUUUUUAAUUUAAUUUGAUUUUGAUCUCCCCCUUAAAUUAAUCCCCUGGCCAACAAGGAACAGGUUGGGUCUCUGAGACAGAACAAAGUGAUAAAGACACCAACAAGCUCUGAGCACUCACGUCUGGUCACACAGUUAUUAAUGCAACUAAAUGAAUACUUAAAAGAACUUUGUGCUGGUGUCUGGACUGAAGGGCUUGCUUUAUUUUUUUUUUUUUGCUGCAUCCCUGCUUGACUGGUUCAGCAAAGGGACAGAGGGAGAAGGUGAUAAACAGAGGGGGCAAAGAAAGAGGUUUGGUCCACUGUGGCUCUUAUCCGUCCUCUCUGCAAGUUUUUGAGUCCUGCAGCUUUUUUGUUUCCGAGCCAUUGGAGAGUGCUCUUGAAGACCACUACCUGUCCUGUCUGGCUGAGGGGUCAAGCCGAUAAGUCCAAAUAAACACUUCUUCAGUGGAUUUGCAAUGAACUCUGGAUCGAAGUGCUUAAUCUCACACAAUCUCCCCACUGAUAUCUGUCACCAUGUUUUUUCUUUCAAUACUACUUUUAGCUAGGAAAUUAGAAAUGAUAUCAGUUUCUUUUAUUUAAAACAGCGUUCCCACGUUGAAGUGUCCGAGCCUUUGGGAGACUGAAUCCAACACUGUGCCUUGGCUUCUGUAAAGUUUACAGCCCGGUCUGGCUGCAGCAUAUGACAGAAAGCAGCAACAUAGUGAACAGAUAAUACUCGGUCCAUGUUAGAAUUUGAUCCAUCCUAUACUCAUGCAGUAGGAAAAGAGAGAAAUUAUGAUUAAAGGACUGCUGAAUUCCGAUGUUGCACUGUUUCUGCCCAGAUGACUCUUGGCUGGCUGACCUGGAUUCAGUUGUUUUGUAUUUUUCCAGCGAGUCAGUGUUGUGGCCAAAAUCAUAAUGCGAGCUUCUCAUAAGCUUUAAAGUAUCAGGGAGAAUCUGUUACCAAGCUUGAAUGAAGCCCUUCUCAGUUAGUGCAGAGUGCUCUGAUGUAUUCACGGAGGUUACUUGUGCUAAAUGGAAAGCAAUGAUUGUCCCAUAUUAUUGGCCAAGAAAAAAAAAAACUAUGACUCUCUAACUUGGUAAUCGUGAAAAGAAGAAUGUAAUUUUCUUUUUUUUUUCUUUUAAAAAGUUUGUAGGUUAUUUUCAAACUGUACAUGGAAAAUUGCUGAGUCUGAUACGUGUCAUAUUGAGUCUGUGUCCUGUUUUUGAUCAAGAAUGUGCAGUUUUACCAUGGCUAUAAUCUCUCACUAUAAGGAACAUGAAUUUUCUUUUCAUCUGAGUAUCUGACUGUUUCCCCACUAAACAAUACUUUGAAUACAAAAGUCAUUCUAGCUUUGUCCGUCCAUUAAUUUUAAAGAACUGUGCAGACUGGUGUGAAAUGAUAAUGCAGUUAUUUGCCAUUUCUCAGUUCUCUCAUAUGUUAAAGAAGCUCAUUGGACGACAAAAUCUGAGCGGGGUAUCUGGAGAGAUCAGGGGAGCAGGUUUAUGUGCAGCUAUGUGAGUAAACUCCAUAGUUAUUAGAGGGAAAAGUGAGACCUCGAAGAAUUUGCCUUGAUUUCCGGCUACUUUGGGAAGAUUUUCUUCCCUUCUCUUUUAAGCAGAUGCAGCUCUCGGUAAAGUUAAACCUGAUAACUGUAGAGAGGAAGUUUUGUAUAAUAUUUUUCUUUCCUGUGCUGUGUCUGUGAAUGCGUGUGUAUAAAUUUUGAAAGUUGAGCGUGUGUCAGGGUCACACAGUGUUGGUGUGAAGAUUUUAUAUAAACUGGAAUCUACUGUAAAUAAUGUUUGCCAAUCUACACACAACAAAACAUUUCGUAAGAAUCUCUGUGUGAUCAUGACAUGCUAACAUGCACAAAAACUCAUAAAACACAAUGAAAUAAAACCUCUCAC